AGCAGACGCAGACCAACCAGUUGCAAGUGCCCAACAAUCUAGGGAACAGCAAAAGUUAUUUCUGUACGAAACAAAAAUGACUGCGAUGCUGUCUUUGCCGCUGCUUCUCUCGCUGAUAGCUGUCAGCUGUGCAGCCUACAGCUCCUCGCUGGACGAGUCGCCAAAUAGCUCGAAUGGCAAUUCCAUUGGCAUCAGCAAGUGCAACAAGAACCCGCUGACGGAGCUCACCUUUCAGCUGAGCGGCAGCAAUUUGCAUUGGCCCUGCGACUCCACCAAGAAUAUCUAUGUGCAAUCGGGUCGCUAUGUGCCACGCAAUGUGAUUGUAACGCGUGCGCAGCUGCAGCGCGAUUCGGCAUUUGUGGCACUGCCACGCUACAAGCAGGGCGUACCUUUCACACUGGGCAAGGUGAAUCUGAAGAAGGGCGAGUGCCUGGCCAAAAUAGCGCCGUAUCCCUGCUGGGCCAUACAGGAGGAGGGCAAUUGCCAGGCGCUGCAAUCCGUUGUGGACGUAGCCGUGGAUCAAAAUGGCUUGCUGUGGGUCUUGGAUGUGGGCAUUGUGAACACUCUGGAGCAACCCAUACGUCGCUGCAGUCCCAAAAUCGUGGCCAUCAACACAGCCAACAAUAAAGUGGUGAAAAGCAUUGACCUCAGCGAUCUCGUGACCUCCGAGAGCCGUUUGCAGUUCAUUGUCGUCGACUACUCCAAGGAUAACAAGCCUUUUGUCUAUGUCGCAGAUGCUGGAGCUCGUAGCAUUCUAGUCUAUGAUAUUACGGGGAGCAAAUCGUAUCGCAUUGUCUUGCCCCGGGCCACAGCUCCGACGAGCGAUGUACUCUAUGUAGCCUUGACUUCCAAGCCCGACGGCACUUCGACGCUGUUCUUUAGCUACCUGAGCUCUUCGCGCCUCUAUUCGAUCAAGGGCGAGUAUUUGCGUGUGGGUCAGGGUGCCGGCUCCAUUAUCGAUGUGGGUCCGAAACCCUAUGGCAAGCAGGCAGUGCUAUUGGGCACCGAUGGUGGCACCUCGCUCUUCUUCCGCUACAAGGGCGAGAAUGACAUUUAUCUGUGGGACUCGGAGACCUGCUUUAAGGCCUCCAAUUUGCAGGAGGUGCAACGUGGCGGCGAUUGCCGUCUGUCGACUCAAGUGCUGCCGGGCCAUAAGCGUUUCAUGUGGGCGCUCGAGAGCAACUUCCAUGAUUUCAUCUCCGAUCGCACUGGCUGCAAUGGCGCCUCCAUUGUGCUGCAUCCCGUUGUGCGCGAGUGUGACGAUUGAUUGAAGUC